CUGGAAAUUUACUAAAACUGCUUUUAAGCCUGACAACCACUGCAGAUGAUCUGUUUGGAAAAACAAAGUAACCAUUUGACUCCUCCUGUGCUUUAAAUUAGUGAGUGUUUGAUACUCUUAAGACUGAUUUGGGGAUAGUCAUCCUUUUGAAUUCACGACUGAACUGAAAAUAAUGAUUUUUUAAAAUAUUUAUUUAUUGGGUAGAUUAUGAGAAAAUAAUCUAUGGAUAAGAAUCAGGAAAAAAUGAACAAAUUGGAGAAAAAAAAGUGUGGAACCAUCUUUCAUGGUGAGUGGCACUCUUAAAGUCCCUGCACCCUGUGUUGAGAACCUUCAUCCUCCAUCCUCCUGUAACACCAACAGGGCGGACUGUAAGAGAGAUACAAGCGCUUGGACCGCGCGCCUCUGGCCACGGUCACUCACUUCACUGUCAGUAUGUUUAGUUGCAGUGCAGCCAGGUUCGUCUAAAUCAUGAUGAAAUGCAGAUUUGAAGCGACUUGUUGACGCCCUUUGAAUCUCCUCUAACUGGAAGCCCCGUGUAUCUCCCGGAGGCGUGAGAGUGGACGAGCUGCACCUUCAUGGAUCAAAUGGAGCUCCACACUUUUACGCUUUCCCCACUUUUUUUGCGUUUGAACUCCAGGAAACCCUGAUACCGUUGUACGUGUUCUCAUGGGGAAAUGCAGGAUGCCAUGAAUUGGAGAUGGCUGGACAUCUGAAAAUAUUGGUUUUGAAUGCGUUUGGCCACGGUGCUGACGCACGCGCUCCCUUCCAGUGGAGACGAGGAGUUGCUGCAACUCCAAAGCUGUCCACUACCGUCUGAAUGUAACCGGUGCGAGUGUCGUUUAUUCAAGCGCAAGAGACGGGCACUGCUACCGGAUUCCCUGCUUUCUCUUGAGCUUCACCACUAUCCAGGAGAACAAGAAGGAAGAAUCGCUAGAAGCAUGAGAAACAUGGUAAGUGUGAUGAUUUUUUUCUUUUGUAAGAAACCUUAUUGUCCGCGUUUGCCAUUACGCAUGGAUCUGAGCGCGCAGAAUCGAUUAUAUCGUGUAAAUGCAGAGUCAAGAGUGGAGAUAAUCUUUUUACGAGCAGAAACAUGGACUUAAAUCAAAGCAAGUUAAAGUAAAUAUUAAAAACAAUGUGACAGCCCUCUGCGGGAAGGAGUUAGGAGGCAUUUAAACGUCGCUCCUGAUCACUUGUGAUGGCACGAUCGAGUCCCGAAAUGGGUUCGUUUAGAGGCACCUUUGGGGAAGAAGAUGCCACCUAAAAAAAUGUACAAAACGACACCACAAAGUGCAGAGUCAAACAAAAACAACACUCAAGUCUUUCAGGGAGGGUCAAAGACGCUUCUCGUGAGUCUGAUGGUGAUGGAAAGUGUGAGAUGGAGGGGGAAAAAAAGAGAAGAGAACAGGGCUCAAAACUGCAUGAAGCUCUGGUGCGCAAAAGAUGGUUUGCUGGGUGAGGACGCAGCUGGAAAAAAAUCAAGCAUCAGAAAAAAAAUGUUGAGUCUUAAAAAUGUUGACAUUGACCUUGUAAGGUUUUUAUCUUGCAAAAGUAAUUUCUAUGCGAACAAAUGACUUUUUUUCUGGUAUGUGAAGCGUAGGAGUUUACUGACGGCAUUAAAAAGGUCUGCAGCUUAUUGGACUUUAAAAAGGGGUUAAUGAGUUAAAUAGGCAGUUUUGCAUCAGUGCUGAUCAAAACUUAACCUAUAUCCUCCAUGUGACAUAUGCAUCUGAAUUCAUGGAAGAAGUGGGACAGGAGAGUGAAUUUAAAAGUGGUUGUGAUCAUAGGUCAACUCAUGAUGCUUGUAUUCCCUGGGGACGUUGUUAAAAGUGUGCUGUGAUAAAUUGGUGCCAUGCAAACAGUUUUAAUGCCAUCCUCACAUUCUAACUAGAUGUUUUAUUUUUUUUGUUUGUCUUGGAGAGGUGAGCAGUAGAGAUUAAAUGUGCCUCUCUUCUGUGAACACUCAAGGAUUUUCAGAAGUACAUCCCAGUUGUGAGAGAAAACUGCAAAAUCAAAGAGAAUCUCUAUCACUGUGCUCUGAUGAAAGGUAUUUCUCAGCACACGAUGUCCCUUAAAGAGAGGGGUUUCCUUUCUCGCCCUCAUGCUGGCACACUUCUCUUCUCCAUCCUCUCACGUUCAAGCAGACCUGCUCUACACACACACGCACACACACUUAGAGAUUCACACACUCUUACAAGCCUGCGCACAUGCACCUUAGCUAUCAGGGUGUGACAGAGGAAAGAAGAUUGAAUAGACAGCCUAUACAAAUUACAAAACUCCUAUUCAUUUCCUUUUCCUCUCAGCCUUUUCAACAAUGUUGCUGAAUUUACAAUGAGCGUUGGAUUAUGAUAUAGUUGAAUAUAUAAUUUUCUGACACAAUGAUUAAGGGUUUUCUGCUCUCAUGGGGCACCAGGGAGAGAGCAUAUCACCAAAAAAAGCUCAUUUGUUGCUCAUUAGGCAGAAGAUGAAGUUCUGGUUUAAUAAUUGAUGUAGGAAGAGGCAAUUAACGACUGGUGGUUUUAUGAGUGCGUCCAGAGAGGAACAGUCCCCUCCAUUAAAGUCUCUUACAUAUAGAAAUAUGAAAGAAAAAAAAAUCACACUUACUCCCUUUCUGUCACUUGGAGGGCGGGGUAUUGUUUUUAACCAACAGGAAAAAUAGAGCUGAAUCUGUAAACUCUAGAGUCUUUCCUGCAAAGCAAAGAAAUUAGGCAAAAACAAGUCAAAAAGUCUCGUUUCAGAGGGCGUAUAUGAGGGAGCAGUCAGAAGUUUACAAUUUUAACCAUGAAAUUAACUUAUUUGGAGAGCUUGGAGCAAAGUAAAUGUAUUUUCUACCAAAUUCAGUGCGUAAAACUUUGUAUUUAUCCUUCGGAUGGCUAGCUAGCUAAUAGCUUAAGUGAUGAGGUACGUGGUUUUAAAGUGUGAGAAGAAUUCAUACAAGAUUUUCAACAUUUCACUCUAUUUUUUUUAGAUUAAUCACUUACACUUUUUAAUCGAUCAAUAAGCCACUCAAAAGAGGACUUAAGCUCCACUUUUUGGAGCUUAGUGCUAGUUUGAUAAGCAUUAGCCACAUGGUUUUUCCUGGGUUGACCAAAUCCCCAAAAAGAGGACAGGACUACGCAGGGGCAGGGUGACGCGUAGUUAAUUUUGAGAGUUUUUCGGGUCGGAUUGAGUGUUAUUUACACGCCUCUAACUCGGUGAGUCCAUGCGCCACAAACUUAAAACUUCCAUACAAAACCCCGAACAUUUAAAGGAUUUUAUAAACUCCCCAAGGCCUUACAUGCCGGACAGCCCCCCAAAAAGAGGACAUAUGGUCACCCUAAUUUUUCCUGGAUAUGGACAAGUCUUCUCUUCAGCAGCCACACAUAUCUCCAGAUAACCUCUUAUACUUUUGAGACAUAUUAACAUCUCCUCUAACAUGAAAAUACACAAAACAACACAAACCGCAUAGAGCCAACACAAAGGUAUAAACUCAGCUUCACCGUCUGCAACCUUGACUGUCUUUAUUCCUCUUUUAACCAGCAGGAUAGUAGAUGGAAAUAAUUGCAACAAGUCCACCAAAGGCUGCGAUUAAGACUGUAUCCAUAGCAACAGUGUGUUCUUGGUAGUUAUUGAGAAAUGACUGACCAUAUCUGUGGAGAUCUGACCAACCAGAGUCAAGUAUUUAGCACUGCACUUUAGCACAGGGUGAUGACCUUUUGUCAGUAAUGUCAACUAUGCUGAAGACUUUCGGUGCACCAUCAUGGAUACAUUUUAAGAGAAUUUAACUCAACUUCUCAUUUUCAACUACAUUUUAAACUUUUAAACUACAGUUCAAUCAAUGAGAGACUUUUUUUUUUACAGACAUGAUAUGAUAUCGGUGCUUGAACUCCACAAGGAAAUAAGGUAAUCAGAGGGUGUCAGCCUUUAGCAGCACCAGAUCAAACCCCCAGUAUAGUCCAGACACUGAUGUUGGCUGAUGAGAUGAUGGAGCUGAACAAAACUGUGAAGUCUGGGCUGCAAUGGGGAGAUGGUUGAAAGAGUCAUGUAAGGCUGGCGGAGCUGACUAAUUGUAUAGAGUGGGCAGUCAUGGCGGUAUCAUCUAAGGAUGGUAAAACAGAUGUGAAGACUGGGCAAUAAUGGGGGCGUGGAAGGUUGCACAAACGAAAGCAGGAAUGAUCUGAAGGGCAAAGAAGAUGCUAUGUUUGAAAAAGACAGCGGCAAUAAGGCUAAGAAACAGGGGGAGCUGCAGUGCCAUUGGAAAGAGAUGCUAAGAACAGAGAAAUGAGUACACAUGCAAGGAGGUGUGAAUAUAUGAAUGACUAAUGAAACAUGUGGAAGAAGGUCUUACUGACUGAACUUCUGCCAGAGCCCCAUUUCCAAGAAGUCUGCUUUUGUCACCAUAUGGACCUCUUGUUCAAAAAGAACGAAGGAUUUUGAGUGGCGCAUUUUAAACUGCCAGUGCUGCAAAAUAGUGUGAGGGGUCCUUGCAAAAAGAUCAAGAUUUUACAAACAAAAACCUGUAAAGUAAUAGUUUAGAUCAUCGAUAUAAAAUAUUUCGUCAAAGCAUCUUUAUUCUUAUUCACGCACUGUCCCAGAGAUAUGAAACGCACACACUGUUAUCAUUAGAGUGUAAACUUGGAAUACAUUAGAGCUUAAUGUACUCCAUAUUUGCUUUGGGCUUACAACGCAUGACUGGAGUUUAUUUCAACUCAGGCCUGAAGGUGAUCGACUGCAAGGACUGAGCUGAAACUGAGAAAACAAGAAGCAGAUGUAUCCAAAAUGGCAUUUUUCCAGAAUCUUCUCCAGUGUGCAGCACAACAAACAGGCUUAAACACUUGAGUUAACUUAACACAGCGUUAUUUAUCAUUUGGACUCUGCUGUUUACAGAAGUGCAACACAUGAGUCGCAGCCUCACAGCUGAGCAGAUGGUGGAGCAGCGUCUGUGAAGGCGACUUUACAGUUCGGCUGUAAAACACCCUGCCCUUCAAUAUAUGUUUAUUUGUCGCAGCACUUUGAAGUAUCAGAGUAAGCUGUAAUCACAUGGUCUCAGAGGCAAGGAAAUGUCAAUAUUAGACUUCUGAACAGGAGCAAUGAGGAAGACGACAUCAGUUCAAUUAUUUGUUCACUUGUUGACAUAAAGGGCUAACUUCUGUAAAACAAUGCUUAAAGGUAACUAGAAGCUUUCAGACUGGUAUAAAUGCAGUAUUAGUAACAGGUCUACAACAACUGAAGCUUGUGUGCUGCAGUCCUGAAGUAUGAACAGUGUCCUCCAAUGAAAGUGAGAUCAAGCAAAGGGUAGAGGUGCUGCAGUAUCAGAAAUUUAAACCAAACAAGAGCAAGUCCACCACUUGAGGCAAACAUAGACCACCAGGCCAGUUUUAUUUAUAAUGAACGACCAAAGACCAAAGCUUCUUGUGUGUAUAAGACAUGAAAUAAUUGUACCCUCUGCUUCAUAUUACAUAACUAUUGAUUUCUAUCAGCUCUUGGGCUGCAGCAGGAGCAGUAUAUCUUAAACAGCUAUAAACAUGUCACACUUAACCAGAAAUUAACUUCAUGAAAUAAACAGUGUUAUUGAAGUCAAAUCUAUCAUGCGCUAAUGAAUCAGUAUAUUUAAACAAAUGGGUUUUUUGCAGCAUUUUAGCAGCUACAGCUGUUUUGUUUUUAGUUGGAUUAUGUAAUAACUUCUUUAUAGUUUGUUAUGAGUGAAUAAUCUGCCAGAGGGUAGAUGUAUUCAUGAGUAAUGACUCUAAAAUUUAAACAAACUCAGAAACCUUGGGUCUACUUAUUGAGUCUAAAUCUAAUGUGACCACUUGAUUGAAGCAGAAAUAACUAAAAUGAUGUAAAACUUCCUUCAGGCCCUUUCCCCCUUUUAAUACAGUAACAAAAUUAAAAGGUCCGGGCCUGGCCAAAUCAUUAGGAUGUGAUCCAAACAUGACAACCAUUAUCACCGGCAUUGUGCACAGAAAUCAGCCACUGUCUCAGUAUCUGACUUUUAACCACAAAAACAACAAAGCCUUCAGAGGAUCCCGAAUGACCAACAAGCAUAUAGCUGGAUCAACAUGAAAAGCUGACAUAAAAACCUUUGCACAGAGGACUUAAAGAGUUGUCCAGUUGUGAGGCCAUAUGUUAUAGUGCUCACAUUAAAGACAGAUAUUGUUCGUGAGGAGACUCAAGAGAUAAGACCCGAGCAUGACACAAAUCUAGGGUUAAAAUGAGAUUGAACGCUACAUUAGAUCAAUCAUGAGGAGGCAUUAAGUGUAGGAGCACAGAUUAGGAAGAACAAAAGCCUAUACAGAGAAAGAUAUAGGAGAAGCUGUUCACACAACAUGCUUGCUGUAUGCUCUGCUGAUCAUCAGCUUGCAUGGACUCAGGAGAAAACUCGGUAGCUGUGCGGUUGAGAUUUCCCUCUUAAUGAUUAGGGGAUUACUCUGUGGAAGUCCCACACAAACACAAAAGCCUAUGCAAUCUGCAGUGAAGGCAUUCUUGGUGAUAAAUCAUGGAUUUCUAUUUGUUCCAGUGUAUUGCUCAAAGAAGAAAUGAUUACUUCGAUAUAAAUAGUUUGCUAUGAUGUGUCCUGGGGAAGACAAGUCCAGCAACACCUCUAUAUACCAGCUUUUCCCCCUCAUGAGCUUGUACUCAUGCAUUUUAAGAAACUGGUGAAACACUAGUGAGUAGAAGCUCUUGUGUUGGAAAAGACUCAAAGUGGCACAAGACUCGGCUAAUUGGUCGCAGUCAGUGGGUCUGUCCCAGUGCUCUUUAAAAAUAUCAUCAUAUUUCUUUCAUUUUAUUUUUAUUGCCUGUUUGUUUUGUAAUACCACACACCUCAGCUAUAAUGAGGAUGUCUUGUAUGAUACAGGACUUCCCAACCUUUAUUUCCUUAAUGGUUUGAUGAUGUUUAACCUCAGAAAUGAAGCCACCCACUGUCUUUAGUAGCUUAACAAACCUGCAAUAAUUAAAUCACAGCUGUAGAUGAACAAACAAGCAUUCAUUCUGUUCAAUUGAUUUGUGUUAAAUCUGGAGGGAAACCUCGUUAGUAGCUCAGCAGCUCUGUCGGUUAACUGGAAGAUGGUGGUCAUUGGUUUGAAGUGCAUUAGCUUCACCAACAUGGUUUCUAUAACACAAAAUGCUUCGCUCCUUUCAGUAAAUCCUCGAGACACAGUUUAUGUUUCUGAGUUUUUCUUCAGACUCGGAUUGAAGCUUCACUGAAAACUGAGACCGCAUCAGUCGUAAUCCCAUCGGAUUUGCAGGCAGGAUUAUUCCCAAGGGAUUGAACUCGGUGAGAGAAGCAGUCUUCCAGUCACCAAAUAACAAGUCCAUCCUCCUCUCUCUUCCUGUAUCUCCAUCAUAAUUUUAUAUACCAGCUGAGGGUACAGUUCACCUUAUCACUGCCUCAGGGAAAUGUAAAUCAAGCAUUGUUUCUAUGUUAAAUGAUUUCACCUCACAGAUCUGUAUUUUUUUUUAAAUCAAAUUGUUGCUGCAUUUUUCAAUUUCACCUUUCCCUGAUCCCAGCUAAAAUGGAUCUUUCCUCCUUGAGUUAUCCUCCUGUAUUUUCAUCACCACACCUCUUGAGGUCUGAUUAAUUUAUAAUCAUGAGUAGACCUGACUCCUGCACAUGAAAAUCAUAAUUAUAGCUCAUGAUAAUAGGUGACUCUGGCAUGAAAAGGACUGCAGGGGUUCAUAUCAGAAACCAUGCGAGCCCGCGCUGCCCGCUCUAACAGCAGCAGCUCUGCCUCUCAGACCAUUAGUGGUCAGUGUUUCUAGAUUGGCUGCCAGUUGAAAGGUGCCUGUUUCCAUUACUUAAGGCCAGUCGAGGGAGGGGGCUGUCUGCAUGGAGAGUCUGUGAUGUGUUGACUGAAAGCCUGUAGGGAGAGUUGCUAGAGAGGUGGAAAAACAAAACACAUGACAGAGAAAUGUCUGUAAUAACAGCCACCUGUGUUUUUCUCACUUUCCCUGCUCGUGUGAUGCUACACCCAAUUAAGAUGAACUGAUCAGAUUUUGUGGUCGAGAGACAAGGUCAGUGUGACUUUACAUCCCUCUCAUUCCCCUAAACAUGAUAUCUCAACACCAUCUGAGAGGAUUUUAUCACAUCUGCUUUCCUCCUCUUCUUUUUCAUUUGUGAGAGUGAGGCCGUCCAUAAUCAAUUUGUGGACGGAGUCUCCAGGCUGCACCCUGCAUGUUUCUGACCAAUCUGCUAUGGUUACAAGGACCAGAGAGAGCGAGAGAGAGAGAGAGAGGGUACAGGGCUGCAAGAGAGAAAGAAAGAGAGGGAGAGAGAGAGAAAGAUAGAUUUUCUUUGGUAUCAUCUCUCUGCUUUUUCUCCUGAAAAAGAUUGAGGUCCGAUUUAAGCCAACUAAAGUUUAUCUUUGGUUUUAAAGCUCCUGUGAGGAACUUUCAGUUUGGAUAAAGCAGUCUUUUCCCUUUUUGUCCUCUACAUGCUGAAAUCUCAUCCUGCUGACUUUUGACAGACAAUUCUAUCAUUAAUUGUGAAUAUUUAAGGUGGAAAUCGUAAAUCAUGGCUGUUUCCUCUGCUGCUUAGUGGACACCUUCCCCCUCACAUCGGUUUCAGGCAUUAAAAAUUUGAUCAGGACAAUAAUGUUGCUGCUGGUCUUGUUUGCUUUUGGAUAUCAUGGGAAAUCUUUAAAAUAAAUUUCAGUGUGUUUCUUGAAUGUCAAAAAACUCCUCACAGGAGCUUUAAAGGGAUAUACUGCAUACAUACUAUAAAUACUAAGUGGAUUAUAUUCAGUGGAUGCUUGUCAGCUCAGCCUCAUUGUUCAGAAACCGGUUCAGAAGCUACAGAAGGGUGAACUCCAUUUGGAAAUUUUUUUUAACACUUGUUGGACUUACUUAAAGUCCGACUGAUCGUUUUUUUAACUACUUUAAGUGCUCAGUGGUCUUUAAAUUGUGAUGAAGUUUUUAGCCAAAAUCAUGUCACCUGUGUCAUUUUCAAGGGCUUUUCUUCUGCAGAGAUUCAGCAGCUCAUUAGAAAUUCGCCUCUGAGUCGUGGGCGGAGACAGAGCUGCUCUGCACACUUCUCUUCGCAUUAGCUUGCAGCCUUAGUUAAUAUCAUAAUUAGCUUUCGUACGAGCAUUACAAACCACUAAUGAACGCGCUUGUUCCACAAUUGUUCUCUCUUAUUUCUCCGAGCCUGGCUUGCAUAGCGGGGCUCUGGGGGGCGGAGCUUUGACUUUCUACAUAGGAAAUCUCACUGUUUCUGAACUUGCUGUUUGGGUCUGCCAGAGAUUCACAGAGAAUUAAAUGCAGAAAUACUCAGAAAUGCAAAUUUGCACUUAUUUAUUUUCAUAAUAUGUCCUUUAGCAUCAUAAAAAUGCCAUAUGAACAUGUAAAAAACAAGAAAAACAUUAUUUUCUUCGGAGUGAGUCUUUAAUUUGAGUAUGAGAGGUAUGAUGCUUACUUACAGAUGACUUACAGAUUUUUUCUUCUCAGCUGUUGGCUGCAGCAGUACAGGAGGAUAAGUGAAUGAUUGCUGAACAAAUAAUGAAUGGAUGAGGGAUUGAAUGAGUGAAAAUAUGCAGCACAAAUGACAGAUAAUUGAGGCGCUGAUAGUCUAAUGAUUGAAGCACCCCUGGGGCUGACCCCUUUAGCACCUGUUGAUAGCCUGGCUGCUGUGUCAGUUCAUUGGCUGGUUACAAAAGAAAGGGGCCAAGCUGACCAGGUAACACACUCAACAUCAACAAGUACCUAACAUUCCCCCUCUCAUUAAAAAAGAUUAAAUAAAUAAAAAAUCAAGGCCCCUAAUGUAGGGUAAAUGUAUUCAGUUAAAUAAUGUCAAUAUUUAAAUGUAUUCCCAGACAUACAGACUUAAUUUUAUUCAGUUUCAGGAGACUCAUUUGCUUAAUUUAAUGCAAAAUUAAGCAAGCGCUUUGAUUAAUGAUAGAGAGAGCAACAGGUUGCGUAUGUAUGGAUAGACUCAGAGUUAAAAAUGUGCUCUUUUCAGCACUGUCUUGAUGUGGUAAUGAGGGUUAAAGGAGGUUGGAACUCUCCCUUAUAGAUCGGUUGCCCCUCAAUCAUGGUGUGUAGUUUAAAAGUUGCAUUUAUACACAACCACAUUAAGCCAGUAGGAGAAGAGUUGGCUUGAAAAGUGUUACUGCUCCAGUCUUGUCUCUUAUUUAUUUAUCACUUUGGCAUGUAACUGAGGUUUUCAAAGUCUCCAGUAUCUUUUCUGGGAUUAGAUUUCAGACGGUGCUGUGAUCACAAGAUUGCCUGCGCCCCAAUGUCACUUGUUUAAGUUGUCCACUGAGAUAAUUGACAGCUCCUUCUCUCUCUCUGUCUCCCUCGUCAGAAACUUGAUUUUAAUUUUGUUUUCCAAACUCUAACUUAAAAAUGUCAAUUUUUUUUUAACCCACAAAUGAGCUCCAACGCAACUUCUCUGGGGCUUAAGAAUCCACCCUGCUUAAUUGACAGCUGAAUCAAUAUGUCAUCUCCGAGGCUUUGUCUGCGGCAUACUCAUCAAGUGGUCUUGCAAAAAUAUUAAAAACUGGUUUAAGAUAGGGAAAAGUAACUAGCUUAAGUAAGACUGAUAAGAAAAUUGUUACAGAUCACUCCCCUUACAACCAAUCUAAACUAGUAUCACUUUCAUAUAGAGAUACAGAACUUUUACGGUAUUUUUAAGUAGCUCUGAAACUAUAAUGAGAAAAAAAUAUGUUUUUCCGUCGAGCUCAGAGGCAUAUUAACAUUGACAUAGCAAAUGCAUGAUAUAAGCAGCUGAAACUGUAAAAAGAAAAGGAGAAAACUACAUCAUCAGUGCAGAAAGUGUAGUUACACGAUGUAAAGAAUUCCUUACGCUUCAUUAUUUGAGUUAACUCCAGAUUUAAUGGAAAGCCUGCAGUUUUAUGUGUUACAAAAAACACAGGAGUAUGCGUGUUUUUGGCACAGACCUUGCAGUGGGUUCAUAAGAUUGUUCACAAGCUGCACCAGAUCAAAUCAGCCCACAUGUUCGUCUCUGCUGAGACCGCUCUCUCACUACAUCAUCUGGCUUCACUGUAGUUUCAGCUCAGUCUCACACUGUAGCAGCUCAUCCACUUACAACAUGUAUGGUGCUGCAGGGGCCAAUUCGUGGCCCAAUUUCAGUGUGCAUGCUCACCCUCGGCCAUACAAGUGUUAAUCUUUCUCUGCUGUGUCGAUGACACUCUCCUAUUCUUCCUGUGAAAGCCGUGCCUCGGUGUUACAAAGUCUGAGUGUGACAAAGGAAUGGAUGGGUACAAACUGUAUGUAACUGAAAACGCAAGGAAAUAUAACUUCAUGCUGGGGGUUAAAAUCGUGUUCAGUAUGGACAGGUAUUAUUCGUAGUAUCCACCUCAUACAAUGGUGUGACGCUUUGAACUACUUGGAUAGUUGGCUUUGAUCAUUAAACUCCUAUUAGGACCCUCAUUUCAAUGAGACAGGACUUAUUUACAGCACAUUAGGCUACAUGAUAAAAAGCAGGGUUUAUUUGUUCCCAGUCAAGAUGACACACACAGUUAAAUUGAGCUAUGUUUAAAAUGGUUUAACUGGACAUACAAGCACCAGGCGGGGAUUGAACUUAGUUUAUAUAUAUUUUAAAAAAAUAAUAAGUUAGAUGGGAAUUGGAUUAUCAACAAAAGUAUGUUCGCCCCUGCUAUGAUAGGUGGCAAUAUGCCCCGUUUUAGCUAGCAACUUUUUACUGUUUACCGUAGGACUUUCUCCUAUUGACUUAUCAUACAACAUAUGAAACAAUCAAUAAGUUAGCAAGAGGCUAGCUAGCUGUAUGAAAAACAGGCUUGUUGACCAAAGCCAAGCAUGCAAAAGGCUAUGGCCAGUAGGAGUCCAGUCAGGUUUAUGCAUGCAAGAGCAAGUCGGUCCCCAACCCCAUAAUCCAGAUACGCCAGUCUAACUAUGAGAAAUCAGACCAAGUGUAAGUUCAGACAGACUAACCUGCCAAUGUGUUUUUAAAAUGUCCAGUUUUAGUUGGUCUGAUGCUGUAUAUAGAUUUUUUCAACAUGACAUGAACUGGGUGGGAGUUGAUUUUGUGGUAAAAUAGAAAUAAUGAGUAAUAUGAUGAGUAUAAUAAUGAGUUAUGAGUAAUAUAGGAAUAAAUUAAAGCCAGUGGGGUCAGUAAGCAGCUGAAGUAACACUUGGCGCCGUCUUUUGCUUAAGCACUGAUCAUUAUGGAUAGAUUUCCAGUAAGUUAUUCAUAAAAAUGAUUGAUCUAAUUUUCCAUUCACCUUAGAGAAAAUGUAUCUUUGGUUUCUUCCAUAAGACAGCAAGGUAUAUCAAAGCAAAGGCACGAUGAAAAACAUACAGAAUACAUGUGCUACAUAUGAACUAAGCAUUUAGAAACAAAGGUUAUGUAAAUGAUAUAAGAGAACAGUCAUAUAAAACAACAUAUGUUCCUUGAUGCAGUUAUCCUAUGUUCAACACCUGUAUUGCAUCAGGAAGGAAGACUCGGCAUAUCUUUCCAUUUGGCCCUCAGGGCCCCAAACAAAUUGCCAGAUGGAAGCAGCUCGAACAAUGAGUGUAGUGGUUUGAUAGAGCAAGGUCUCUGUUCCUAAUUAUUUGACCUUUGUGUAUGACAGCUUAUUGCAAAGCUUUUUCUGUGACCUUCAAUCAUUCCCACUGCAGUGCUGAGGUUUUUGGUCCACAUACCAAAGUCUAUAACCGUGAUCUGAGAUGCGGAUUAUUGAUCCAAAGGUCUUAAGUUUCCUGAUUAAGAAAAUCAUUGAUUGUUUUUUUUUUUUGGAAAUGAACUAUGGUUUCUCCCAGACUCUCCGCAGAGGCACUGGAUUUAAAGCUGAUGCCAUCGGAGGUGGUUAUAUCAUUGAUUAGUGUCUCUCUAACUACAGUCUUAUUUGAGUUGAGUUCAAUGAUGUGUCUUACGAGCCCCUCCCCCUGUUUAGCUUUCAGAAAAAGACAAACAAAGACCAUAUCAUGAGCAUAUUUGAACAGCCUGACAUCACUUCCUUUCCAGUCGUUUAACUUGUGUGAAUAGAAAACAGGAGUGGUCACAGCACACAGCCUUGUGGUGCCCCAGUGUUUAGAAAUAGACCCUGUUAUCAGAACUCUUUAAGCUGAGCCAGGGUUUAAGACAAUACAGGUCAAUACAAGCUCAAGAGUGGAAAAUGUUUAGCCCUCAUCUGUGGAAAGAGUGACAGAAGUGAUAAUGUAUUUCAGAGGAAUCAGGUAAUUUAAUGUGGGAACAUUUUUCUGCUUCAAGAAAAACAGCAACUGAGUACACCACAUGUUACAUAAAGAAAAAAAGAAUAUGGUAGGGAAUGGAAAAUGUUGAGGCUGUCACUUCACCUUGAUUCUGUUUACUCCUGUGAUCCUGCACAGGACAGAGUUUCUCAAAUGUAUGUUUUGUUACUUCACAGUUUCAAAGUAUAAGCUGCCUGAUUUAAACCAGAAUCCCCUUCAUCUUGUCUUUCUCUUUCUGUCUUUUCCUGACGCACACAAACACAUACUGUAUUUUCACACUGCAGACUGAAACAGAUAAUCUCUGCAUCUGCUCAUCCCUGGUCCACUACCCGUGAAGCCCCGCUCAGUUGUCCUAGAUCUUGACUGGGCCUGAUUUACUUUCUUAAGGGUCAUGUGCAUAUAAAGUAGUGAGGCAUAAUUCACUAUAGUGGGAUAUAAAAACACGAGCCGCUCUGCAGUAGGAGGCUAGAUGUAAUAAGCUGUUCAAACACACUCCUAUGUUGUUGCUAAUGAACGAGAGAACUUGAAUGACUUUGGGGAUUUUCCCAGCAAGGGGCUAAAUUACCCCAUUAGUAACAAUCUGUUCUCUUUCCGUCUGCUUCAUAGACUGUAUAUAGAGCAGACGUCAUCUGCCUCCUCACUGGGGGAAGUCUAUGUGAGAACAGCACCCCCUGGUGACUGGUUGCAGUAUAGGUCAAAAACCCUGCCUCCUGCAGCAAGAUGAAUGAAGCUGUGUGUGGGCAAACUUUAAAAAUGAAAUGUAAGUCAUAAAUUUUCUCAGGAGAUGGAGAAAAAUCCCAUCCUUCAAAUUUGUACAAUGUGGGAGGUGAAGUCAUGUUGUUCAUACUAUAUAUAUAUACGGUCUACAACAGAGGAGCUUAGAUUAUCCUUCCAGGUCUCUUUAAUGAGUCCUGUGUUAGUACCCUGAGGUUUGAGCGGACGACUGUCACCACACAAGCUUGUGACUCCCCACAGCCUCUCUGCAGUUUGUUUUCCCACACUGUAGUUAGUCGUCAUAAAUCAACCAACCUGUGAAGCCCCUUUACUGUCCCCCUGCGUUCCUGUGAGGAUUCAUUUCUAUUUUAUGUUCAUCCAUGCUUGCAUUUGCAGAGUGUGUGUGUGUGUGGGCGGAUGUUUGGAGGACAGUGCAGUGCAGUUGGUGCAUGUACUGUAUGUGUGACUGUGCAUAAGCAUGCCUGUGCACACAUGCAGUCCACAGCCAACACGGCUUGUGAAAAACACCCACUCUCUCUGCCCCAAGGCACCCGCAAACAGUGGAGACAAGAUAAAUCCCUGUGGAAAUAAUGUGUUAGCUGUUUCCUGAAUUGCAACACAACGUGCUGGCGUGUUCAGUUCAUCCUCACCAGCCAUUCAAGAAAUGUGUUCACCACUGCAAUGUAAUCUAUUUUAAAUGCAUGAACUCCAUCUCCCCCCUGCCUGCGCUUGUUGUAUUUACUGUAACUUUUAGUCUGUUCUUGGACAGAUAUCGGCCCUGAAGACCUGCUGACUAUCCAAACAUUCACACUAAUCUAUAUUUAGUAGUUUCAUUUUCCAUACAACAGUUAUCUAUAAUUUAGUAUUUGUAGAGUGCAUUGCUGACUGCAUUGUUAAAAAAUAAUAUUGCUAAAUCACAUAACAGCAGACUGGACAACAUGCUGACUGUAUUUUCAACUCAGGUGAGCCAAAGCCUCUGGCAGUGUUUCCUUGGACAGUAAAAAGACAGAUCACUUACUUGAUCAGUUGAACAGUGAAUAUAUUUUAAAGCCAUGUCCAACUCCCUGGAUUUGUUAUACUCUCAAUUUGGACAUUUUUAAUAGAUGAAUUUGCAUUUGCAAUGUGCUUCAUUAUCUUAAUCUGCCUGGUGAACUCACUUUAAGAGAAGUUAAACUAUUCAUUUAUGUGUAGUAUCUUUUUCUGUUAUCACUGAGCAAGAGCAGCCUGUUCGUAGUCUGUUGAUGAAACCACAGGAUGAAAGCAGUGGUGUUAUUAUUGUGAGUAUACUGUGAUAAGCCUCCCAUAAUCACCAACAAACACUACCACAGCUAAUGCGUUUACACCGAAGGGAGUCCAGUCCAAAAUAUACUGUUUGUGUUAUCAGGACGAAACCUGAAAUCAUUCAUUUGAUUGCACCUGAAAAUAAUCAGGCCAAUUUCAGGCUCUUUCCAACCCAAGUCAGCUAAGUCUCCAUUUUCUUAUGUUUCUAAAGGUUAUCUUACCCGAUUUUCCUGUGGUGUGAGGUAUAUUAAGCACAAUUUCAUUUCUCCAAUCGAAAGCCAAUCUAGGGUAGAGGCCACACUGAGUCAAUUUGCAGGAAUUACAUGUGUUUACAAUUUAUGGUCUUGAUGGCGGGGGAAGGUCAGAGGAUUGCCGAGCGUACACUUUGUGGAGGGAAUUUUAAACAAGCAGGGGAGCAAGCUGGCCAAAAAAGAAAACACAACAAAUGCAGGCAUGAUGUGGGCCAGGUUUCAGGAAGAUAAGAUGUAAAAGCUAACAUUUUAGAUUCUUUUCUGAGAGAUUAUUUUAGUGUUCUUAUAUAUUUACUCUAUUUCAAUCAUAGGAGACAAUUUGAAGAAUGAAGUUAGUUUUAUGAGAAUGAUCUAAUUAAUGUUGCCUGACAGAAAGUCUUUGGCAAUUGGACUCUGUGGAGAGAUUUUUGAGAUUCAAGGACGACUGAUCAGCAGAAGCAUGAAAAUCCCCCGUGGAGUCCUGACACUGCUCAUGGCGGUGGCUGAUGACUUGCUGGGACUGAAUGGUUGAAGAAUGGUAACAGGUGGUUCUGCAGAAACCAGGCUGGGAUGAGGAGGUGGGGGGGCACGCACAAACCAACAGCAUGAAAGAACUGGAAGCAGAGAAAAAAUCCUAUUUAAAAGAAGGGUAAUAGGCUGACAGUGAGGGUGUGCCACCAUGCAGGUGAACAGCUGAUUAACCAAUGACUGCUCUGAGCAGUCUCUUCCUGACAGCAGGAAAAGUGUUUGAGCACGAGAGCAGCUAGAGAGAUGUCUGAAAUGCAGAUAGAGUCUUCCUGAAUGAACUUACAUUUCUUUUCUCACAGGCAGCACAGAGAACUCUCAUGGAUAUAAAUAUUAAAAUAUUUGUUAAAAAUUUCACACAAAAAAGUGUUUUAUAGGAGAAAAAAAAACGCAUUUUGGCCUAAAAAAGCUAACUUUUUAAUUUUGCCUAAUUUCCUUAGCAAAGAGACUAAACACAUCUCACCUAUGAUGAUUUAUGAUCAUUUCUUUAUCAUUUCCUUGAAGUAAUAAUCACCAUAAUAAUAAUUUUCCACUGCAGACGCGGUAGUUCUUCUGCCUUAACGUCACAGUCUGAUUGCAUUUCCAUGAAGAAAUGAUCAUAAAUGUUCUUCCUUGAGCUGCAUCACCCUGCAGCAGUCCGUAAUGGACUAGCCCAGUGGGUCUCAAAUCCAGUCCUUGAGCCCUCCCGUCCUGCAUGUUUUGGAUGUUUCCCAGCUCCAACACACCUGAUUCAAAUGAUCAGCUCGUUAUCAAGCUCUGAAAUGGCUUAAUAACGAGCUAAUCAUUUGAAUCAGGUGUGGGCUCGAGGACUGGACUUGAGAACCACUGGACUAGCCUGAGGUCUCACUACCUACAAGCUGCUACUGGAAGAGAGUAGGUGAGUUGUGUUUAGUCUCUUUGCUAAAGAAAUUAGGCAAAGCUAAAAAGAUGUUUGGUGGCUAGUACUAUGGCUGGGACCCUUUAUGUACUGUUGAUGAAGUUAGGUGCUGUUCUAAGCAUUAUUUGUAGCUAUAGAGUGGCGUUUGGGUUGAGGUUUGCUAUCGUACGGUCGUUACUUCAGUUGGUAUAACUAAAGAAGCAAGCGGUCGGCAACAUUCAUCUCUCGAGGGGGUGUCUAACUCGGUGUUACGGUGUGUUUGACCCUAAAUUAAUUUUACGCUGGAAUAUCCCUUUAAGGUGACAGGAACAGGAAGACAGAAAUUAUUAUUUUGAUGGCACACCUUCAGAGUAAUUUCCCAGCAGUCUUUUAAACCCUGUGUACACAGAGACAUAAUUUCAGUGCAGUUUGUAAUUCAUUUGAAAUCAUAAACAUUAUGCUUUAUAGGCUUUAUGAUGUUUGCAAGAAAUUUCAGCAGCAGAGCAGUUUCAAACAAUUACCACAACAAAAGAAGACUGCACGUCUACUAGGACUGUAGACUUAACGUUUUUGCUCGUUUCUGCAACCUAUUUGAAAUCUUAUUAUUAUUAUAAACCCAAAUAUAUAAGACAAAGGACUUAUAGAUUGCUGUGGGUCAUCAGCAUAUAAAUUUGUGUCACAUACACAACACCAAAGAUGAGCUCCUACAAAUGUAAGCACUGACAUUCUCAAUUUGGACUGAGGAGGCAAAGAAAAAGGACAAAGCAGAGAGAGACUUACUGCAAAUUUUAUGAGGAAAAUCGAUAUUGAUAAGAGAAGCUGAGAAAUUAAAGUAAAAUCACCUAGAGGAAAUGAUAUCCUGUUUACAAGUGCAACUGAGUUACCUGAGUUUUUAUAGAGCUUCAGUGGACUUCUCUCCCUUGACUCCUCCUUUAUCAAAAGAGUCAACAUUUCUCUGAUCAGUAAUCUAAAACCUCCCUCAGCGCCCCCUUACACACACACACACACACACACACACACACUCACACAUACCAAUAACAUCCCUGUGCUCACCCACCGUUUCAAGCACACUCGAGUAAACAGCAGACACUGGAUGACAGCGGAGGUAGCGAUGGCUCUGCCUCCUCUCAGUUAAAUCAAUUAGCCUCUCUCCAGCGGGGUUGUGCACUGUGUGCUGGUCUGAGGGGGGUUUAACUGUUUCACCCAGACCAACAAACAGACUGAAUCCAGGCUGCAGCAUCUGCUUGGAUUGGGUCCAAGUCUGAACAGAAUGAAUUGGAUUUGUCUUGAAUGGGGUGUAAUACGGCGGAGCAAACAGGGCACAGCUGCUUCAUGAACAUGUGUGUAAUUUUCUAUGCUUUUUUAAUCUCAAUCAUACUUCUCUCAGUACAUAAAUUUGAUUUUUUAACCAUGUUUUAAGGAUGAUAAAUGCCCUUUUCAUCUCAUCAGGCUGAGCCAUGCCACGCUGUAUUAGAUCUCCAAUUUCAAAGCCAGAUGCAGAGGUUAACAAUUUCACACAAAAAUUUAGGCCCAAUUUAGACGAGGUCUGUUCUUGAUUGAAAACCCUUUUCCUCUGGUUCAUUCAUUUAUUAUGAACCUCAUUAUCUUAUUGUGCAAUGAACCAGGCCUUAAGGAGAUUGGCCUCGUCCUUGACUUGUUGAUGUGUAAACAGAUAAGCUUAUCAGCCAUCGAUCAAAUGCGCGGCUGAAUGUGCAUGAAGCAAAUAAUGUAGACAAGGAACACAGUGCAGCAUGGCAGCUUGAAACAGAGACAAAUCGAAUCCUCGAGUCGAUGCUUGCACGCUUCUUGGUAUGAAUACUACAGUACAACGCCAGGACAGAGCAUUAUUACCCCUCUGUGUGCUUAUCAAUCUGCUCUCCACUGAUGCAGUGAAGUGUGACUGUACGGCAGCCGUGCUGUUCGAGGUUUCAUCCAUCAGCAGUCACAGCUAUCUCUGAUACAUCAGCACAGGAUGUUUUCUUCCCAGAAUCCACAGCACAUGAAAAACAAAAGAGAUGUUUGGGAGGCUUUGUUCUAGACAGAUGCUUUUUUUUUUUAACCAAGCAUUUGAUUUCCUUGUCGUGAGGUGCACCCUACAGCUUGUGAUAACAGUUGUGUACUUUUUCUGUGUUCCUAGAGAGAGAAAGAAAAUAGCCCAUGCUGUCAUGGUGAUGCCUUCAGGGUGAUCUUUGAUGUCUUUGCUUAAAGUCUGCAUAUAAAUUUUUGACAGAAGGCACCGGGCUGGGAGGGUCCAAGAAAAGAUCGGCCCUGCAAAACUUUGUUUGAUGUAAAAUCCAGGUCUUCUCUGUGUACAAGGUCAGGAUAAGUGGACUUCUUGUGAAUGUUUUUGAACCAUUUUUUUCUAAAUGUGUUUCCCACGGGCUUGCCCAUCUCUGUUCUAGUCCUGGGUUGCUGUGGCUCAGUGUUUGAAUUGGAUCAUGGACUGUGUUUCUAUAGCACAUUUACACUGCAUGUCACAUUCACGCUCAGAUGGCAGAGGCUAUUAUGUAGAGAGUCCAUCAGUUUUGACAAAGUGUCCCUAGGCAAGACACUCAACACUCAAUCAGUGCUGUGUGAAAAUGUGUGAAUGGGAUUAGUUAUCAGUUAUUAGUAGUGAUGGGGAUCUUCUACAUCAGUGCAUGAACGUGGUAUGAAUAAAUGAAAGUUACAUGACCCAUAAAGGUUCUUUGAGUGGUCAGAGGUCUAGAAAAGUCCAGUAACUUCUACCUGAUUAAUGCUGUUCCACACUUACCUGAUCUGAAUUCAAUUAGCUUUUACGUCGUGUUAGCACUGUGUGAUAUAUGAUACAUCUUAACUUAAAAACACUGGAGAAGACAUUGAAUCUUGUCUAUAAAGACCCACUUGAGUGGAAAUUGUGUUUUUUUUUCUUGUUCUCUUCAAGAAGUUCUCUUCAACUAAGAGCAAAAUUGCAUUUCUGAGUAUUUCUGCAUUCAACUCCCUGUGACCUAAAUGGCAGGUUUAGACACAGUGAGAUUUCCUACAUCACAAGUCCUAUCUCCACCCCCAGUGCCCCGCUAUGCAGGCCGGACUCCAAGAAGUAGAGAGGACAAACGCUGAACAAGCGUGUGCGUUAGCGGAUUGCAACGCUAGCAAGAAAGCUAAUUAUGAUAUUAACUUUCAUCAUGUCCCCGAAGACAUUAGCGGUAAGCGCUGAAUAGCUCCUUUAUUACCUGCCACCUCUGCUGUAUCAGUAAUGUUAGGCUGCAACCUAGCGUGAAGACAAGUGUGCAGAACAGCGCUGUCUCUGCCUUUGACUCAGAGGCGAAUUGCUAAUGAGUUACUAGAGCGCUGCAGAAGAAAAGCCUUUGAAAAUGACACAGGUAACAUGAUUUUGGCUAAAAACUUAACAAAUACAAUUUAAAGACCACUGAUAACACCUUACAUAAUAAAAAGUAGCAUUGGUGUGGGACUAUAAAGGCAAAGUGUCCCAAAAAGGACAAAAAGUGUAAAGCAAGGUUUUCACUUUCAAAACUUGAUGAUCAUUUGACUGAUUGAUCUGAGGUAAUUAUGUCUGCCUGUCAUUUACAAUAACAAUAGUUAAUAUGAAAUUAUGUGACAGAUGGAGUUUAAGGAUCCAUAGUUAGAAAUAGAAAUGACAUUAUAUGAUUUUUGCAUGAAAAAGAAAAAUCUGUCAACUUUUAUGUUACGGGCUAAAUCUUCAUUUUGUUGCUUAAUGAUAAGAUAAAAGUUCGACUCAGAUAAGAGAAGGACAAAUGAUAGUGAGCAGGUGAUGCUGAUCAGAAUCCCAACAGGGUGAGCAGGAUUGUCAUGCAUAAAACCGGGUUACUGACCAAAGAUGUGACAUGUGUGAUCAUGUUGUUUAGAAUUACUUACUGCUCUCUUGGGAUUUGACGACAAUCAGAAUAAAGUAUGAAAUAAAGAAAUAACAGUUUGAAUAUUUAAAAAAAAAAGGUUUCAUCCUCUCAUUAAUGUUCAUUAACAAGCACCAAAAAGAAAAUGUCACAGAAAUACAAAAAAUCUGAAGGAUAAAGUUUUGUCAUUUAGUUUUUAGGCUCAAAGCCGUCAGAAAGAUCAGCCUGGUCAUCUUGCUUCCUGCUUGUUAUCCUGUAAAAUGUGAAAAACAAACUGCAAACCAAAACGGCCUCUCAUUGUUUCUGAUCACCACACAGCAACGAUACGGAGCUAUUCCUGUCUUGCAGCAUUAUUAAAAUUCAUAAAAGCUGCAGUGCAGAUCAGCAGGGCUCAGUUGGACCACACUUUGUGCAUUUCAGUGUGUGUGGAUGUUCAGCACGUGUUUGCUUGUGCGGUUACUAACAGGUCUCUGUGCCCUUUUCCUCUCCGUCUAAGAAUGUGUGCAGGUUUUAUGAUGGGAGGCCAGCUGUUUUCUGUCCCUGCGGCUAGUUGAAUGUCAUAGAGCAGGAUGAAACAUAAAAACACAUGAUGAUAUUUAUUAUAUUUACUGAAAAGGCUUUAUCAUGGCUUUGUUGUAACUUAAAUAGGAAGUCAAGCGCAUGUAACCCACAUUUAAGUUGUAUCCUUCCAGCUGUAUUCUGAGCGUAGGAGUGUAUUUCAUAACAGUAGUACAAUAUUUUUACUUUUUAUCCCUGGGAUUGUUCAAUAAAAACAGUCAUGCUCUCCUGAGAAUCUGUAAAUGAUUGCACUAAACAGACAAGGUUGUUUUCAUCUACCAUUUAAUAUGCCUAUUUAUUGUCACCACCCAGGCACAAUAAUCCCCCUCAAGAGCGCGGCUGCCAAUCAACACUUGAUUUAAUGAAGAAUUUGCAGAGUUGUUUCAGGAACAAACGCGGAAAAAAAGAAAAUCCUCCCUGACACUCGUAAUGUUCCGGCAGAAGGAGGUGUUAACUGUGAAAAAGCAAACAUGUGUAAUUACUUUGGCAGACAGCGAUGUUUGUUUUAUAGCAGCUUUGUUCCUCAAUGUUCCAACAUCUCUUCACAGCUUGAUGAUGUGUGAAAUACAAAACAGUCUUUAGGAAAUAAUUAACAGCUGUAAAAGUCAUAUUCCAACAACCAAAUCUUAUUUCUUCUCCUAAUCCUUUUCUUUCAACUCUCUCAAAAAAUCAGCCCCUUUGGCUUUCAUCAAUCAACAUGACAGUGCACAUAUGCAUAAAAAUACAAAGAGCACAUCACCAUUAUUGCCAUUUAUCUCUGACACAUCUGUGGGCUGUGAUGUUGUGAAGUGGUUUCACUGCCAAUGAAUCCAUUAAAAGUAAACCCAAAUGUAUGUUUUCCUUUUUCCUCUGAAUUUGAAGAGAUUAGCAUCCACGCUGCUGCUGUUAAAUAAUAAAUGAUGGUAAAUCUAGUGAAUAGAUUUAAGGCUAGAGGGAGGGAAAGCCUUCUGUGAUGAUGAUUAACAGUCAGCUCUAGUCCUCACAACCACAUUUCCACAUUCACUUAACAUUUAGUGGACAUUAAAGGUAGUCAGCAAAUCACCCCGCGAUGACUUUUAGGCGCUCUCACCCAAGACCAUGUGCUUUGAAGUUACAGUCUGACCACUGUAAAUGUAAAGUGAAGACAGUAAUUUGUAUUAAUGACGCUGCUUUUUAUAAUAUCAAUUAAUAAUUUAACAUGCACGUAUAUCAACCAGGGGUCAAAACAUUCCUACUUACUGUUGAAACUAGUUAGGUGUUGUUACUUAAUGUGUACCUUUGGUUGGUUGGUAAGGUUAAUCUAAUCUAUACUAGUCAAGUGCAGCUAGCCAAAAUAUUGUUGCAGAUAUGACAUUAACCCUUCUAGUAGCCAAUCAGAGUAAAGGUUUCCUCCCGAUGAAGUGAUUGUUUAAGUGCUAACUCUCAUUCCUGGCUGCCUUUAAACAAGCUAACGGCUAAAAUGUUAGCAGUUAAUCCUGUAAAAUCUCAUUGCUGACAUUUAGUAGUUUGCUGAUUGUUAUGUUUAUUAUAAAGUGGUACCUAAUGCUGCUCUCUGUUUGAGGAAAAACCACAGCGGUAUUAUAGAUCACAGUUCAUAUAUGUUUUUGACUAAUGUCAUCCAUCAAUUUGCCAGCACAAAACAACAAGUUAAAGUCUAUACCUCUCCUUUUCUUCCAUGUUAUCCCAUCUUUGAAAAUGUAAAUGAAGACAUCCUGUAUUUACAAAGUCCUUACCACCUACUCAGAGCUAAGUGUAAGAUUCAAGAUAUAUUACAGAUUUUUAUUUUUAUUUUAUCUUGGAUGAAAAUGUUCAGUUUAAUGUUAGUUUGUCCUACAAGUUGGCGGAUAGCAUGGACUGUUGCCAUGGAAGCUCCAGAACUGUGAAACGAAGGGAGCUAUAUUUUUCUGCUGUAAAAACAAAUUAUAUUUAAAUCAAACAAAGCAUUUUUGAAUAAAUGUUUUAAUUAAAACUGUUUUAGUCAGGAGAUGAGUAAUAAGCAGAUUAAGAUACAGCAAGCGGGUCGUUUCAGGGAUUAUAAGUACCUCGAGACGAGAAAAGACCUGCUCACCCUGUGGAGGUUUAGAUUAUUAUAAAUACACUGUCUUUUUUUUAAAAAUCCAAACAUUAUCAACCAAAGAGGUGAUUAAAACAUAUAAUGUCACACAUUUAUUUAAUUUCAUAUCUCAGGAAGUGAAAGACACAUUGUGACAACAGUUUGCUGUUAGAUUUAUUCAGCGCUGGUGGUAAUAUUUUGAAAAUGAGGGAUUUUAAUGGUGCUGAAAUAAUUAAACAAAUAUUGCUGAUGCAUAUUUGAAGCACUGGCUACUGUAUUUUGCAGGCAUGUUGGAGAAUUUGGUGUGACUGUCACAUUGAAAGUUAAAAGGAAGAGCAAUUAGAAGAGGGUAAAACAAAGUCAAGUCUGGUCAUGUUUCUACCUGUGGGUUUUUAAACAUUUUGAUAUUCUGAAUAAGAAAAUCUCAUGUUAUUUUCUCGUCAUCUUAUUUCUGAAUUUUUUCCCAAAUACUUGCAUGUGCUACCACGUAAAGCAAAUUCCUAAAAAUCUACAACAAAAUACUUCACAAUAAAACUUGUCUGAUCAUAAAAAAACACAGGAGCCAUUAGAUGUUAAAGUAUUUGACCUUUCCAGCCUGUGAAAAAAGUGUACAUGCCAGUAAACUGCCAAAAAAAGUUCACUGUAGUUUGAAAAGAAAAGCCAACAGGCCAGGACUCAGAAAAAUGUUAAAAGUUAUCAUAACAGCAGAUAUUAUCAAUCGCAACCAUUUCUGUGUGAUGAGUGGGCGUCAAGUCUGUGUAUCGAGUCAUUCUGCUGCGUUUACAGGUCAAAGUGGAGACCACGAUUUGUUCAUUUAUUACCCGUUAUGUGUGGGAUUUGUCAUGUAGGCGGUUUGUUUGUGUUUGUAUUUGUACAGCAUGGGGGAGGGGAGUGCGGUUAAGUUGAAUAUAACCAAAUUUCUAUUUAUCUCUCUUUUUCUCUCGCUCAGGAUGAAGAUGCUACAGAGGAAGCUCUGUGAAAAUGCUGACAUUGACGAGGAAAAGACAACAAACAAGCGUCUAAAACCGGGGACCUGAAAAAAAAAAACAAGUUUAAAGCCAAUUUUUAUUUAACUGCCAAAAGCUUUUUGGAAAUCAAAUUACGUAGAAGCUGGAUCGUUUUUCUCUGUCUGUCUUUGAUGUGGAUGUAGCUGUUUUGUUCUAGCUUUCCAAUAUCGUUGAAAAAAAAAAACAGACAGCGCCAAGUUUUGGUACAAAAACCUCAAUUUAGCAGGCCUCACGCAGACUUGGGACCAGAUAAGAGAGAGACAACAAGCCAACCUGUGUAUCUGUCGUCAUCUCCUUCCUACACUCCGCUCCCUGUUGGCUUUAUUGAAAAGGAGGAGCCCAUUAACGCAUUUGAUAGAUAGAAAAGGCUCGGUCUGAAGGUGUUGCUGCCGGCUGGCUGCCGGUUGGAGAUGAGAUAAGAGAAGCAGGGAAAGAGAAAAGAAUCUGACCAGAGCUGAAUACAAAUUAGGAUUCUUGUAUGCUACAGCAACAAAUGUAAGGCAAAUCAAUACUGAGGAAUUGAAAUGGACCAAUUAGGCAGCUUCAAUUUCAGGGGCAUUCGCUGAGAAUUGAAAUGAUGGAAUUAGAUGUUUGUUAGAGCUGGAUACAAAAUCACAUUGCAAUAUAAGGGAUGGGAAAUAACGGUGGAUAACAGUCGAGCUUCAGCCUGAACUGAUCCUUGUGCAGUGUGAGCUAACGAUGUCCAGUCUGGUCUGAAACUCUCUACAAAGACGGUUUGACAGCAGCAGAGGCAAGAUGGAGCUCGAUAAUAGCACGCUGGAUUUCUUUACCAGCAACUUCACAGAGAUCCCCGACAACACUUCCACCCAGCCGUGGAGCGAGGCCACGCUUCUUGGCCUCCAGAUCUCCCUGUCUGCAAUUUUAGCUCUUGUAACCCUGGCUACAGUGCUUUCAAAUGCCUUCGUCAUCGCCACUAUCUUUCUAACCAGGAAGCUACACACCCCUGCCAACUUCCUGAUCGGCUCCCUCGCUGUCACAGAUCUGCUGGUGUCCAUUCUAGUCAUGCCGAUUAGCAUCCUCUAUACCGUCAGUAAGACGUGGUCUCUGGGGCAGAUUGUGUGUGACAUCUGGCUAUCAUCUGACAUCACCUUCUGCACAGCCUCCAUCCUACACCUGUGUGUGAUCGCUCUGGACCGCUACUGGGCCAUCACGGAUGCACUGGAGUACUCAAAGCGCCGCACCAUGCGCCGGGCGGCGAUCAUGGUUGGAGUUGUAUGGGUGAUCUCCAUUUCGAUCUCCAUGCCACCUCUUUUCUGGCGGCAGGCCAAAGCCCAUGAGGAGCUGACAGAGUGCAUGGUGAACACAGAUCAGAUCUCCUACACCUUGUACUCCACCUUUGGCGCCUUCUACGUGCCCACAGUGCUCCUCAUCAUCCUCUACGGACGAAUCUACGUGGCGGCCCGCUCUCGCAUCCUCAAGACACCGUCCUCCGGGAAACGUUUCACUACAGCACAGCUCAUCCAGACCUCUGCAGGCUCGUCUCUCUGUUCUCUUAAUUCUUCCUCCAACCAGGAAGCACACCUACACGCUCUGGCAGAGGGAGGAGGAGGAGGGUCACCUCUGUUCAUGAACAGUGUGAAAGUGAAGCUGGCAGACAGCGUGCUGGAGAGGAAGCGACUGUGUGCAGCCCGGGAGAGGAAGGCGACCAAGACGCUGGGCAUCAUCCUGGGAGCGUUCAUCAUCUGCUGGCUGCCGUUCUUCGUCGGUACGCUUGUCAUGGCGAUUUGUAAAGAGUGCUGGUUCGAUCCGGUUCUUUUUGAUAUAUUCACCUGGCUGGGAUACCUGAACUCCCUCAUCAAUCCUGUCAUCUACACUGUGUUCAACGAUGAGUUCAAACAGGCUUUCCAGAAACUCAUCAAGUUUAGACGGUUCUCCUGAAAGAAAAAAAAACAAAACAAAACAAUGGAUUAAAACCCUCUGACAAAGACUCCAAAAAAGACAGUUCAUACUGACUUAAAAAGUGCUGUACUCUCCACUGUCUCAUCCUGUAAACACAUGCCAAUGUGAGUUUUAUUUUUACAUUGAAAAGCUGCAAUAGCUCUUUAGAAACCUACAGCAUAUCCUUUGUAGAGACUACUGCAUGCAUGCUUAAAAGAGAAAAACCUCGACUCCCAUGAAUUGUGAAACUCAUCUUUUAAAAAAAAAAAAGAAGAAACAGGAAUCUGAAGCUGAUUCAUGUCACAGGGACACUGCUGUUAAUUCCUGGACAAGCGCAAAGAUGAUAAAAGAACAAGGAAUUGGUGUAUAAUUGUACAAAAAGUACAAACUCAGAGUGGAAAUGAAAAGCCAUGAAAUAUGUGUCGUCUUAAUCUCUGUGUCAUACUGUAAGCUGCUGCUCCCUGAUAAUGUAUCUGUGGUACAGUAAAGUACUUAAAACAACAACAGAGUCACCAAAGCUCUCUCCUUAUAUACUAUUAUGUUUAGAAGUGCUUGUGCUUGUUCCUGUGUUUGUGCAUGUGUGUGUGAAGUUGCCACUUCAGCAUAAUACAGUAUAUGCCUGUUCGAGGGUUUGAGAUUUGUUGAGUGUUUGACAUUUAUACAUGCCGUCCUCUAGUGAGGCUUGUCUCAACAUUACAGAGGAUGAAAAGGAAACAACAACUCCACUCUGGAUUUCAAUAACACCCAAAACCAUGACAGCAAAAGCACCCUCUCAAAAGUCAUAUGAAACAGUACUCUGAGGUCCAGAUCAGUAAGGGUAAAUUUUGUAUUAUAAGUGUCUUCCUCAACAACAGUGCUUGUGCUACUAUAAAAAUGAAAAGUUGUUUAUUGGUGGGUACUCCAUAACUGCAGUAAUAAUUAAAUAAUCAAAAGUCA